UGACAGGUACCUAGCAUCUAGCAAAAUAAUGGCCGCUGCUUACCUCGACCCAAACUUGAAUCACACACCGAAUUCAAGUACCAAGACUCACCUGGGUGCCAGUGUGGAACGUUCCCCUGGAGCGAUGGAACGCGUGCUGAAGGUCUUUCAUUAUUUUGAAAGUAACAGCGAGCCGGCCACGUGGGCCAGUAUCAUCAGGCACGGAGACGCCACUGACGUCAGGGGCAUCAUUCAGAAGAUAGUGGACAGCCACAGAGUAAAGCACGUGGCCUGCUAUGGAUUCCGCCUCAGUCACCUGCGGUCAGAGGAGGUUCACUGGCUCCAUUUGGAUAUGGGUGUCUCCAAUGUGAGGGAGAAGUAUGAACUUGCACACCCCCCAGAAGAGUGGAAAUAUGAAUUGAGAAUUCGUUAUUUGCCAAAAGGAUUUCUAAACCAGUUUACUGAAGACAAGCCAACUUUGAAUUUCUUCUAUCAGCAGGUGAAGAGCGAUUACAUGUUAGAGCUCGCCGACCAAGUGGACCAGGACACUGCUUUGAAGCUGGGCUGUCUAGAAAUACGGCGAUCAUACUGGGAGAUGCGGGGCAAUGCACUAGAAAAGAAGUCCAACUAUGAAGUGUUAGAAAAAGAUGUUGGUUUGAAGCGAUUUUUUCCUAGGAGUUUACUGGAUUCUGUCAAGGCCAAAACACUAAGAAAACUGAUCCAACAGACGUUUAGACAGUUUGCCAACCUUAACAGAGAAGAAAGUAUUCUGAAAUUCUUUGAGAUCCUUUCUCCGGUGUACAGAUUUGAUAAAGAAUGCUUCAAGUGUGCUCUUGGUUCAAGCUGGAUUAUUUCGGUGGAGUUGGCGAUCGGCCCCGAGGAAGGCAUCAGUUACCUCACAGACAAGGGCUGCAAUCCCACACAUCUGGCCGACUUCAAUCAAGUGCAGACCAUUCAGUAUUCCAACAGCGAAGACAAGGACAGGAAAGGAACGCUGCAGCUGAAGAUAGCCGGCGCGCCCGAGCCUCUGACAGUGACGGCGCCGUCCCUGACCAUUGCCGAGAAUAUGGCUGACCUGAUAGAUGGGUACUGCCGGCUGGUGAGUGGGGCCACGCAGUCUUUCAUCAUCAGACCCCAGAAAGAAGGUGAACGGGCUUUGCCAUCAAUACCAAAGCUCGCCAACAGCGAAAAGCAAGGUGUGCGGACGCAUGCGGUCUCCGUGUCAGGAGUCAGUCCCCGCCAGCAUAAAGUUAAGAAGGCUAGGCGCUUUCUCCCUCUGGUCUUCUGUGCCCACGACCCUCCUCCUGCCGAUGAAAUUAGUGGGGACGAAACAGACGAUUAUGCUGAGAUUAUAGACGAAGAAGAUACUUACACUAUGCCCUCAAAAAGCUAUGGAAUAGAUGAAGCCAGGGAUUACGAGAUUCAGAGAGAAAGAAUAGAACUUGGGCGGUGUAUUGGAGAGGGCCAGUUUGGAGACGUCCACCAAGGCGUUUAUGUGAGCCCAGAGAAUCCAGCUUUGGCAGUUGCAAUUAAAACCUGUAAAAACUGUACUUCGGACAGCGUGAGAGAGAAAUUCCUUCAGGAAGCCUUAACCAUGCGUCAGUUUGAUCAUCCUCACAUUGUGAAGCUGAUCGGAGUCAUCACGGAGAACCCCGUCUGGAUCAUCAUGGAGCUGUGCACGCUGGGAGAGCUGAGGUCGUUUCUGCAAGUCAGGAAGUACAGUUUGGACCUGGCCUCGUUGAUCCUGUAUGCCUACCAGCUCAGCACAGCUCUCGCGUACCUGGAGAGCAAAAGAUUUGUGCACAGGGACAUAGCUGCUCGGAAUGUUCUGGUGUCCUCAAAUGAUUGUGUGAAAUUAGGAGACUUUGGGUUAUCCCGGUAUAUGGAAGACAGUACUUACUACAAAGCUUCCAAAGGAAAAUUGCCUAUUAAAUGGAUGGCUCCAGAGUCAAUCAAUUUUCGACGUUUUACCUCAGCUAGUGAUGUGUGGAUGUUUGGUGUGUGUAUGUGGGAGAUACUGAUGCAUGGUGUGAAGCCUUUUCAAGGAGUGAAGAACAACGAUGUGAUCGGAAGAAUUGAGAAUGGGGAAAGACUGCCAAUGCCUCCGAACUGCCCUCCUACCCUCUACAGCCUCAUGACGAAGUGCUGGGCCUACGACCCCAGCCGGCGGCCCCGGUUCACUGAGCUCAAAGCUCAGCUCAGCACAAUCCUGGAGGAAGAGAAGGCUCAGCAGGAAGAGCGGAUGAGGAUGGAGUCCAGAAGACAGGUCACAGUGUCCUGGGACUCCGGAGGGCCCGACGAAGCACCGCCCAAGCCCAGCAGGCCUGGCUACCCCAGCCCGAGGUCCAGUGAAGGGUUCUACCCCAGCCCACAGCACGUGGUGCAGACCAACCACUACCAGGUCUCUGGCUACCCGGGCUCACAUGGGAUGACAGCCAUGGCCGGCAGUGUCUACCCAGGGCCGGCACCCCUGCUGGACCAGACAGAUGCGUGGAACCACAGAGCACAGGAGAUAUCGAUGUGGCAGCCCAAUGUGGAGGACUCUGCAGCACGGGACCUGCGAGGGCUCGGGCAGGUGCUGCCACCCCACUUGAUGGAAGAGCGGCUGAUCCGACAGCAGCAGGAGAUGGAGGAAGACCAGCGCUGGCUGGAGAAAGAGGAGAGAUUUCUGAAACCUGACGUGCGGCUCUCUCGAGGCAGCGACAGGGAGGACGGAAUUCAGGGCCCGGCUGGAAACCAACACAUCUAUCAGCCUGUGGGGAAACCAGACCCUGCAGCUCCGCCAAAGAAGCCGCCGCGCCCCGGAGCCCCCGGCCACCUGGGCAGCCUGUCCGGCCUCAGCAGCCCUGGGGACAGCUACAACGAGGGUGUCAAGCCGUGGAGGCUUCCGCCACAGGACAUCAGCCCACCUCCCACCGCCAACCUGGACCGCUCCAAUGACAGGGUGUACGAGAACGUGACGGGCCUGGUGAAAGCGGUCAUCGAAAUGUCCAGUAAGAUCCAACCAGCCCCGCCAGAGGAGUACGUCCCCAUGGUGAAGGAGGUCGGCCUGGCCCUGCGGACCCUGCUGGCCACUGUGGAUGACACCAUCCCCGUCCUGCCAGCCAGCACUCACCGAGAGAUCGAGAUGGCCCAGAAGCUGCUGAACUCCGACCUGGGGGAGCUCAUCAAUAAGAUGAAGCUGGCCCAGCAGUAUGUCAUGACCAGCCUCCAGCAUGAGUACAAGAAGCAGAUGCUGACUGCCGCUCACGCCCUGGCCGUGGACGCCAAGAACUUACUGGACGUCAUUGACCAGGCGAGGCUGAAAAUGCUUGGGCAGGCGCGGCCGCACUGAGACGCCUGCCUGCCCACCCGCCAGCAGUGAGGAGCCCGCCCGCCCGCCCGUCCUCAGUCGCCAGCACUUGCAGGCCGGCUGUUUCGGCUGACAGCUGGUUGAAAAUCUCUCAUAGAAGUUUAACCACAUUUUGAUUUGGGUUCAUUUCUGGUUUUAUUGUUUUAAUCAUGGUGUUCAGAAAAGUUCAAGAUCCAAAACGUGGCAUUUUUCUGAGAAUGAAAAUUCUACAUGAGAAGCUUUUAAGGAUCAUGAAGAGAGGACAUGGGCAUUCUGCUGUGUUUUCGUGGAAAUGGGCAAGGCGGUGACAUGUCACUUCCUGAACUCACCCAGCUGCAUAUUGGAAGAGGAGGGGCUGAGGGGAGAAUUCCGGGAAACCCAGGGGGCUGAGAAUUCGUUGCCGACCACAGGAUAUUACCCAGACUGGGAUUUUUGUUGUUGUUAGAACUCUUCAGUUGCAAUAUGCUAAUACCACUUUACAAAGAAAGAAGAUAAAAGCUAUAUUUUGAAGACCUGAGUCAUUUCAGAAAAAAAACUACAUCCCUUUCGUCUUUCCUGCCUUUACUUUUCAUGUGAUAUGUGAAGCGUUUGGUUGGAAACUAGCUGUAGAACACACUAAAAACUUUGGUCUUCUUUCACCAGAAUAAUGUGCCAGUUUUUUGUAGCAAUGUUAUUUGGAAGCAGAAAUGCUUUGUACCAGAGCACCUCCAAACUGCAUUGAGAAGAGGUUCUGGAACCAUCCCCGUUUUCCAUUUUUAUAUAAUUUAUAAAGAAAGAUCAAAGCCAUGUUGACUAUUGACAGCCACUGGAGUUAACUAACCCUUCAUUGUAUCUGCCUUCCCAGGGACAAUUAAGCAAACAGAUUUGGUUUCCUUUUGAUGUCCAUGUCACACCAUCAAUUCUGUUAAAUAAUUUUGAGAACUAUGCCCUCCCUUUAGUUCGUUGGGGGAUAUAAAUUAUUCUCAGGAAGAAUAUAAUGAACUGUACAGUUACUUUGACCUAUUAAAAAGGUGUUAC